GCAAGAGGAUCCUCGCCACAUUUUAGCGGCGGCCAAACUCCUUAGAGGUUCCAGGCCCCGUUUUCCGGGGAGCCGCUGGAGCUCCAGCCCUCCUCCUCUCCUCCUUCCCCACCACGCUGCUCGCUCACGUCCAGACUGUGAGCGGCGAGCUGGCUACGGUCGAGAUUUCCCUUUCUGCCUGGGUCUCAUCUUGCCUCCAUCUGCCAGCGCCUUCUCGUGUUGUGCUUCCAAGUUCCGGCCGACACUGGAAUGAACAAGCCGGCGCGCUGGACCUCGCUCGACUGCUAAGCUCGUCUUUGCGCUGCGCCUCCCUAGUCAUGGAUUGAUGUUUUUUUUUUUUCCUUCCUUCCGACCUCUGCCUGGUCCAAGUUGUGAAAAGAGUGUGGCUAACCUGCGGCGCUGUUUCACCAGCUCCAUGUUUUACCCGGACUCUUUUCUGAGUACCUGGCUCCGCAUGCGUCUUGGCGGUCUGCCUCUUUGAACUUAGUUUUUUUUUUCUUUUUUCCCUAGGCGCAUAUUCCGGACUUUUGUUUUGUAUUUUUUUUAAGGAUUUCGUUGAAAAGCCGGGAUUCCUGAAGCCUGCCGAGAUUUAUUUGUGAAAAGUGAUGGCCGAGCGGGGAGCUCUGUGGCUCCUCUCUCUCCUGUCCGGUCUCACCUUUCUGAGCACGGCGGCUAAGCAUGUCGACAAAGGUGUCAAUGUGAGCGUGAAUUUGAUUAUGUGCCCUGUGAUUGACUGGCAACCAGUUCAGACUGUACCCCGCCUCCUGCCCGUUGACAGCUGGAAUAGAAUGCCCCGUGACCCUUGUGAGGAUAAGGAGCUAAGAAAAUCAUCAGGAGCAGAGCCUUUCAGCCCAUUCUGGUUCACGGUGGAGCCUCAGGACACAGUGGCCAUUCGGGGGAACUCUGCACUGCUCAACUGUUCAGUACACAGAGAUGCAGCCGCAGCAGCUCGCAUGGAGUGGAAGAAAGACGGUACAUUCAUGAGUCUGGUUUCGGAUGAGAGACGGCGCAUACUUCCUGACGGCUCCCUACUCUUCACCCAUGUGGUUCACUCGAAGCACAACAAACCUGAUGAGGGUACCUACCAAUGUGUGGCUACCAUUGAAAACCUAGGAUCCAUUUCUAGUCGGACAGCGCACCUCUUUGUUGCAGGAAUGCCGAGGUUCGCCAGCCAGCCAGAACCUUCCACCGUGCGUCAAGGUGACAGCCAAGUAAUGGCCUGUGAGGUCAACUCGGACAUGGUGCCCUUCACCCGGUGGGAAAAAGACCGUCAACCCCUGGAGCUGAACUUGAGGCUGGUCCAGCUACCAAGUGGUGCCUUGGUGAUCAACAAUGCUACAGAAAACGAUUCUGGUCUUUACCGUUGCAUGGUGGAUAAUGUGGGAUCCUCAAAGUCCAGCGAAGAGGCACAGCUCCAAAUCCUGCCAGAAACUGGAGAAGAGAGGAAACCAGAAUUCCUUGUACGGCCUGUGCCUGUGACAAAGGUGAUGGGUGCCAGUGUUCUGCUGCCUUGCGUGGCCACAGGUUUUCCAACACCACACAUGCGAUGGAUGUUCAAAGAUAAACUACUAGAAGAAAGUGAAGGCCGGAGGGAAUUGCUCGGAGGUGGCAGUCUUCAGAUUUCAAAUCUCACAGAGGACGACGCUGGCAUCUACACUUGCGUGGCUGACAACACCAAUGUAACAAUCGAAGCACAGGCUCAACUCACUGUGCAAGUUCCUCCCCAGUAUGUGAAGAGGCCGUCCAACAUUUAUGCCCAUGAGUCCAUGGACAUUGUGUUUGAGUGUGAAGUCACAGGUUCACCUGCUCCGACUGUGAAAUGGGUGAAGAAUGGCGACGCUGUUAUUCCAAGCGACUACUUCAAAAUUAUUAAAGAACAUGACCUACAAGUUCUGGGCUUGGUCAAAUCUGAUGAGGGUUUCUACCAGUGCCUCGCAGAAAAUGAUGCUGGAAACAUUCAGUCCAGCGCUCAACUCAUCAUCUUGGAUCACGACGUAGCUCUUCCCCCUCUCCCUCCCCCCUCACUGACUCCUAACACUACUGACCAUGUAACGCCAGGCUUUGGGGGUGUAGCUGGUCCAGCAGGACCCACUCCCUCCGCCCCCCGCGAUGUCGUGGCUUCGCUGGUUUCCACCCGCUUCAUCAAGCUUACCUGGCGCCCGCCAGCUGAACCGCACGGAGAUGAGCUAACCUACUCUGUUUUCUACAGCCUGGAAGGCACAAGCAGGGAGCGAGUCAUAAAUACAAGCCGACCAGGGGAAUUGCAGGUCACCAUCCAGAACCUGAUGCCAGACACCAAAUAUCGCUUUCGGGUUGUGGCCCACAACGUCAAUGGCCAAGGAGAAAGCUCUGCCGGGCUAAAGGUGGCCACCCAGGCUGAAGUUCAAGUUCCCGGCCCGGCCCCGAAUCUGCAGGCGACAUCGAAUACACCAACCUCUGUCACACUCAGUUGGGAAAAGCCCCUCACGGGUAAUGGAGAGGUCCUCAGCUACAAGGUGUACUACACUGAUAAAAGUUUUGGCAAUGAACAGGAUGUUGAUGUCAAUGGCCUGUCAUACACCAUGACAGGGAUGAAGAAAAACACACAGUACAGUUUCCGUGUGGUGGCCAACAAUAAGCAUGGUCCAGGUGUCUCCACUGAUGACAUAAUGGUCCGCACGCUGUCUGACGUGCCAAGUGCUCCUCCUCAAAAUUUCACUCUGGAGGUCCAGAACUCGAAAAGCAUCAUGCUUCGGUGGCAGCCCCCACCCUCAAAUUCCCAGAAUGGAGAAAUCACAGGAUACAAGAUACGAUACCGUAAAGGAUCUCGGAGAAGUGAGACAGCAGAGACCACCGGGGGGACCCAGCUAUCCAAGCUCAUUGAUGGUCUGGAGCGUGGAACAGAGUAUUCCUUCCGGGUGUCUGCCACAACAGUGAACGGAACAGGCCCAGCCACGGACUGGACUACAACAGAGACAUUUGAGAGUGACCUAGAUGAAUCACGUGUCCCAGACCAACCCAGCUCGCUUCACGUCCGUCCACUGGUCAACAGCAUUGUGGUGAGCUGGACGCCACCAGAAAACCAGGACAUUGUUGUACGUGGCUACAGCAUUGGCUAUGGCAUUGGCAGCCCUCAUGCUCAGACCAUUAAAGUAGAUUACAAGCAGCGCUACUACACCAUUGAAAACCUUGAUCCCAGCUCCCACUAUGUAAUCACACUCAAGGCCUUCAAUAACGUGGGUGAGGGGAUUCCUGUAUAUGAGAGUGCCAUCACAAGGCCACAGUCUGACCCCAUAGACCCUGAUGUUGACCUGUACGAACUCUUCCAUGCUCCAUACACCCCAGUACCAGAUCCCAGCCCUAUGAUGCCACCUGUGGGUGUUCAGGCUUCCGUGCUGAGCCACGACACCAUCAAGGUGACCUGGGCAGACAACUCGCUACCCAAGAACCAAAAAAUCACAGAUAACCGCUACUACACAGUGCGCUGGAAGACUAACAUCCCUGCCAACACUAAAAUGAAGAUGGCUAACACCACCAGCCUGAACCACGUGGUGACAGGGUUGAAGCCCAACACAUUGUAUGAGUUUUCCGUCAUGGUGACCAAAGGCCGACGCAGCAGCACAUGGAGCAUGACAGCCCAGGGAACCACGUUUGAAACCAUUCCUAGUUCCUCCCCCAAAGAUGUGACUGUCGUGAGCAAAGAGAACAAGCCUCGUACCAUCAUCAUCAACUGGCAGCCUCCCUCUGAGGCCAAUGGAAAGAUCACUGGUUACAUCAUCUACUACAGCACAGAUGUCAAUGCUGAGGACCAUGACUGGGUUGUCGAACCUGUGGUAGGCAACCGCCUGACCCACCAGAUCCAAGACCUGACUCUAGACACAACAUACUACUUCAAGAUUGAAGCUCGAAACUCAAAGGGCAUGGGACCAACCUCUGAGGCUGUGCAGUUUAGAACCCCAAAUACCUCAAAUCUUCCAUCAAAGCCUGGACCUCCAGGCAACCAACUUCCCCUUGAUCCUGGAUCAGCAGUUGGGAAAUCGGGGAUGGGAAACAGUGAAAAUCACAUCCUGGUCAUCGUCAUCAUCAUCUCAGUGGGAGCGUUCACAAUUAUUGUGGUGGUCGUGGGGGCCUUCCUGUGUACACGCCGCACCACGUCACACCAGAAAAAGAAGCGGGCGGCCUCUAAGUCCUCCAACGGCUCACACAAAUACAAGGGCAACUCCAAGGACCUGAAACCACCCGAUCUGUGGAUCCACCAUGAGCGGCUUGAACUCAAACCAAUGGACAAGUCACCAGAGCCAAACCCAGUCAUGACCGAAACACCAAUCCCCCGCACUUCCCAAGACAUAACUCCAGCUGACAGCGGCAUGGACAACAACGCCCACCUGCAGCAGAGGCGCAACUCUUACCGUGGCCAUGAGUCAGAGGACGGCAUGUCAACCCUUGCAGGUCGGCGGGGGAUGAGGCCUAAAAUGAUGAUGCCUUUUGACGCGCAGCCGCCACAGCCUGUAAUUAGUGCUCAUCCCAUCCAUUCCCUCGAUAACCAUCAGCACCAUUAUCACAUGGGCAGCCUGGCGUCACCCACGCGCAGCUACCUCUACCAUCAAGGCAGUGGGCAUCCCCGCCCGCAUGCCUGCAGCCCCAUCUCCCAUCAAAACAGUGUGGACGCCACAGAGUCGGUGAGGAAUACACCUUGCUCAGAAUCUCUUCCUCCAGCCGCGUUGUCCUCGCAGGCCUCCUGCCCCUCAGAGAUCCUUCCAGAGCCUGAAGGCAGCUACCACGGCUCCACCACCACAGAGGAGGAGUCCUGCUACACCAGCAACCUGCCGCCCCUCCGCUUGGCCCACCCGCACGCCCACGCACACCCUCUGAAGAGUUUUGCGGUACCUGCCAUCCCAGCCACGAGCCACCCUUGCUUUGAGUCUCCUGCCCUCCCCAGCACUCCCCUCCUAGCUCAGACUGGGCCUCCCACACACCCACAUGUUGUUAAAACCGCAUCCAUUGGGACUCUAGGAAGGACUCGCACGCCGAUGAUCGUCAAUGUGCCCAACGCGCCUGACGUGCCAGAGACGAGCAAGAUGCUGGAGGACGUGGAUAGUGUGCUUGCCUCCCUGCCCCCCUGCCCCUCUCCCGCCCCUCGCAGUAACCCUGUUCCUCUCCCUCAGAGCUACGAGCCCGACGAGCUGACCGAGGAGAUGGCCCACUUGGAGGGCCUCAUGAAGGACCUCAACGCCAUCACCACAGCACCAUGAGCAUUCACACACACACAGUACACACACACACAGUACACACAUAUUAUACAGCAUACAGAUAAACCAUUGGUACAGGAAAGCAAAUAAAAAAACACACACCUUUGGGAGCAAGUGGCCCUUGGACACAAAAUGACUUCCCUCCCGACCCCCCAGAAAAUAAAAAGUCAUCCAGCAAAGAGAAAAAAAAAAACUCCUAGGAACUUGUUCCGGCUCACCUUUCUUAGUCUCAGGAAGGAGAUGGCCAUUGGAGGGAAGCAAAGGGUGAGACGCUUCAUGUUUUUAUGAAGAACCAUUCUUGGUGACAAUGAACUCGGUCAAAAGAUUGUGAUCUUACAUCCUCAGCAAAAAUACAAACACCUUUUUGUACGUUUGUUCGGUGCCACAUGAAGAUGUGCGUCUGUCAAAAAGUCCAACAACAUGCUGGUAUUAAUGUUGGCCCACACGGUCUCUUUGUGUUUUAUUUUGUGCAGUUUGUAUAUCUAUUGGGCUGUUUCAGUGAACAUUGGACACCCACCUUCUUUACAAGCCAACGUUAUUCCAACAUAUAGUCAUGUACGUUUGUAUUCCCUUGUACCAUGAUUUUGUAUUGUUUUCUACCUUAUUGUAUUAUUUUUUUUCCCACACAUAUCCUUAUAAACAUGUACAUAUGUUGUUUUUAUUUGGGAUGCAAGUGUCAAAAAGGAGUUGCAACAUUUUGCAAGAUUUCUUUUGAGCGGGGUCUCCCUUUUAAAAGCCUUACCGCCACGUUUGCAGGUUGGAAGGUCGAAGUGACUCGGACUCAGGGUGCUGACCCCCCAGGCCCCUUCCCUUCCUGACACACACCCUUGCAGUCAAACAAUCACUCACAACACACCAGUUGUGUUUCAUACAAAACAUAUCUGAGUGUGUACGUUGUGGACUUUCCACAACUUCCUGGUGCCGCUUAAAGUGCAACAUUCUGGUUCUAUUACACGUCUGAGACACUUUGGUGUUUAGAAUGUGAUUCCUGGCGACUUUAUGUGCAUCCUAAUUUUGGUUUGAAGAAAAAAAAUCUAUUCACAAGCUUGAUGUCAAGUCUAGUUUCCCAUCAUCCUGUUACCCAAAGAAAUUUAGCCAAUUGUAAUCUCUACUUUUGUGAUGUUUCACAAAUGCCAUUGUCAUGAAUGUCAGUAAUAAUGUAAGAGAUUCUCAGAAGAGAUACAAACUUUUGUUGUUGUUUUGGGAGGGUGCAUAUGAUUGAAAACAAAACAAAAAAAGAGCGAGUGAGUGGGGGGAUGGAUGGGUUCCAUUUGGGAAAAUAAUCUAUUCCGAUGUUAACAGUUGAACAUGUAUUGCACUUUUUCACGGUUUUUGAAAAGUACAUUUCUUACAUAUCUUGUGUUUUGAAUAUCAAAUGCUGUUUGUGUAAUGUAGUGUCCUAUAGGUAAAGCAGCAGGCAGCUGGUCUUGUUUUUUUAUGUUAAUUUGUUUGUUUGUUUUUCUCGUUCCAGAAAUGAUACGAAUUUGAGCGGCCGAGUGUUGACUUUGUUGCUCAUGAUGAGGAAUUAUGUUGUUGCUUGUUCCUGUACAGAGCUUUCUUUGCUUUCUGUAGGAAAACUGAAAUUCAGUGGCUUUUUAAGAAAACAUUGGAAAAAACAUGUCUGAGGGAGAAAAGGUGUUUUUUUUUUUUUAAUUGGUGUAUACAAGCUAUUAUGAAUACUAACAAAAUAAACAUUUCUCACUGUUUUAUUUCAUCACAUAUAUCCAAGGAAACCAACCAGGCAACAACUGUGUGCGCGAUUGUUGUGGUAUUGGCCACAGCAUUUGGUACACCUGCACAAUACUGUAGGAUGCAUAAAAGUUCUGGUACUCUAUGUAGUAAGGGGGAGCAGCAUGAGGAUGAUUCUAAGGGCGGAUAGCAAUACUUAAUGUCGUGUGUGCCAUUGACGUUAAAGGGCCUAAAGUGUAAUAUUUCCCAAACUUUAUUGAGCCAAGCCACACUU